AUGAAGCGUGCUCGUGCUGAACAACCCUACCUCCUCGCCACCCUAAUCAUUUUCCUCGCCCCACACGCCUUCUCGGAAUGCUACUUCCCCAAUGGCACGCUAGAGACAAACACUGCCUACCAGCCAUGUCCCGGGUUCGACGGCACGGCGAGGAUGUGCUGUGCCACGAACCGCAGUAACCCCUUCGGCGGCGCGGAUACCAACGGCUGGACUGCGAACAAGUGUCUCCCAAAUGGGCUCUGUCUAGAUGGAUUCACGACAAUUGAUCCACAUGGGAAGACGGUUAUGGUCCAGCAGUAUUGGCGGGACUUGUGCACGAGUCAGAAUUGGGAUGAUGGGGGUUGUUUAAAGGCUUGUGCUGGGGUUGCGAACAACAGGACAAUCAGGAUGACACCCUGUGGUAACCCAAAUACCUCGACGACAUGGUGUUGCGGCGCCAACACAGAUUGCUGCAAUAGCUCCAACGCAGAAUACAUCGCCGCAACUCUUCAAGGAUACAUCGCAACUCUGACGACGACUUCCAGUACCACCGAGAACACUGCUAUAACUACGUCCGCGGGGACCCUCGCCUCAGCAAGCGCUUCUUCAACAUCUACGCCAUUGAAUCAAGCUUCUUCCCAGUCAUCCUCGGGCCUGUCGACAGCAGCCAAGGCUGGCAUCGGGAUUGGCGUGGGUGCUGGGGCUAUCGUUGUACUUGCUGGUCUGGCAUGGAUCUUGUAUAAGAAAAGGAGGCCGAAGGCGGCGGUUGAGGAGGAAUUGAGACCGUUUUAUGCGCCGGAUACGCCGCCGAAGGAGUUGGCGAGUACUGAGGUUGCGAGGGAGAUGCCGAGUCAUUCGACGAGUUUGGUUCAGGAGUUGCAUGGGGAAUGGGUGAGGAAAUAA